AUGCAUACAGCUGAAUUUUUGGAAAUUGAGCCAACAGAAAUCUCAUCUGUCUUAGCAGGUGGUUACAAUCAUCCACUGUUGAGACAGUGGCAAAGUGAGCGCCAACUGACCAAAAACAUGUUGAUCUUCCCAUUAUUUAUUUCUGAUAAUCCAGACGACUUCACUGAAAUUGACUCCUUACCCAAUAUCAAUAGAAUUGGUGUCAAUAGAUUAAAGGACUACCUGAAACCAUUAGUCAACAAGGGCUUACGUUCCGUAAUCUUGUUUGGUGUGCCUUUGAUUCCUGGUACAAAGGAUCCUGUUGGUACCGCAGCUGACGAUCCAGCAGGGCCUGUUAUCCAAGGUAUCAAAUUCAUUCGUGAAAACUUCCCGGAAUUGUACAUUAUUUGCGAUGUCUGCCUUUGUGAAUAUACUUCUCAUGGCCAUUGUGGGGUUUUGUACGAUGAUGGCACCAUAAAUAGAGAACGUAGUGUCUCUAGAUUAGCUGCCGUAGCAGUCAACUACGCAAAGGCCGGUGCGCAUUGUGUGGCUCCAAGUGAUAUGAUUGAUGGUAGAAUCAAAGAUAUCAAGAGAGGCUUGAUAAAUGCCGAUUUAGCCCAUAAGACCUUUGUCUUAUCUUAUGCCGCCAAGUUCAGCGGUAACCUGUAUGGGCCCUUCCGCGAUGCUGCUUGUUCAGCUCCCUCCAAUGGUGAUAGAAAGUGUUACCAAUUGCCUCCUGCUGGUCGUGGUUUGGCCCGUAGGGCGUUAGAAAGAGAUAUGGGCGAAGGUGCCGAUGGUAUCAUUGUCAAGCCUUCUACUUUCUAUUUAGAUAUAAUGAGGGAUGCAAGUGAAAUUUGUAAAGACUUGCCAAUUUGCGCCUAUCAUGUCUCAGGUGAAUACGCAAUGCUACAUGCUGCUGCCGAAAAGGGUGUUGUUGAUUUGAAGACUAUCGCUUUUGAAUCUCACCAAGGUUUUUUGAGAGCAGGUGCAAGAUUAAUCAUUACUUAUUUGGCUCCUGAAUUCUUGGACUGGCUGGAUGAAGAAAACUGA